GGAUACAAAGGAAACAGAGAACAACUAUUCUCCAUUCUCCAUUCUCCAAUGAUGCCAACACUCUUCUUCCCUUUACUUCUUCUCUCCGCUAUUUUCGCUCAACAGGGCCAGUCCCUUGUAAAGCGAGGCUCUUUCUUGACACCAACCACCAACUCUUCUUGGCCAUCACCUUCCGGUCUAUACGCCUUUGGAUUCUACAAGCAAGGCAACGGUUUUGCUGUCGGCAUUUUUCUUGCCGGGCAUCAACAGGAGACGGUCGUCGUUUGGACAGCCGACCGAGACAAGCCUCCAGUUCCCGCUGAUUUUAGACUGAAUUUCACUAGUGAUGGAAAACUGGUUCUUCAAUCGGCACAAGGCGCAGAGACACGCCUCGCCAGUACUUUUCCGGAAGGUGCAAUAACCUCAGUGUCGAUGCUUGACACGGGCAACUUUGUUGUCCUUGAUUCUUAUAAUCAGACGAUAUGGCAGAGUUUCGAAAAUCCAACGGACACCUUUUUGCCAACUCAGAAUCUUUCCCACGGGCAUUCGUUGUAUUCCAGUAUUUCAGACACCAACAAGUCAACCGGCAAAUUUCAGGUGUUGAUGCAAGAAGAUGGAUGGCUGGCGAUGUACCCAGUUGGAACUCAAAACACGAUUGAAGAUGGUUAUUGGGGAGAAGGUAUAGAUGGGCAAAAGAGUGACGUGGUUCUGCAACUUGAAAACAAUGGUCAUCUCUAUUUGAUCAAUGGCGCGGGCGUUAUUAUAAGGAAUAUGACAGAUGGAUAUCCUACAAAAGAUGUUCUCUACCGAUUGACAAUUGACCCAGAUGGGAUCCUGCGUCUAUACUCCCACGAUAUGAAUCAAACUUUGAAGACGAUCAAAUGGUCUGUUCCAAAGGAUGACAUCUGUAAGCCCAGGGGUCUAUGUGGGGAUAAUGGAUAUUGUGUUUUAAAUAUUGAUCAAGUUAGUUGCAAAUGUCUUCCUCAAUUUGAACCGGUCAACAAGGACGAUAGGAAUUCAGGCUGUCAAAGGAAUUCCACCAUGGAGAGUUGCAAAAGCAGCAAAGGGAAUUUCACCAUGGAACCAGCACUUCAUACCGUAUGGGAAAAUAGAAGUUAUUCUGUUUUCAACUCGCCAUCCCAAGCCAAUUGCGGAGAAGCAUGUUCGCAGGACUGCGACUGUGAAGCUGCACUGUUCAAGGACGGGCUUUGCGCAAAACAUAUGCUUCCUUUGCGAUUUGUGAGAAAAAAUCAAACCGACUCAACCGUAGCCCUUAUCAAGGUUGGUACAUCUACACCCACUACAAAUACAACUCUGCCGAAAGAAACCAAGAAAAAGCAUCGAUCGGAUCACAUCCUAAUUAUCAGUGUUUCAUUACUUGCUUUUGUAUUAGUUGUCUUUGCGAUUUCUGGAAUUGCAAUUUAUAGAUAUCGUGUCUCGUCAUAUAAAAUGGCAAAUAAUAGAAACAUUGUCUUGAGUGAAGAUUUUGCUCCAAACUCAUUUACUUACGCAGAACUUGAGAUAGUGACCGAUGGUUUCCAGGAAGAGCUCGGUAGAGGAGCGUUUGGGAUAGUAUAUAAAGGGGCAAUAUUGAAUGGCCAGAAGUCGAUUAAUGUGGCCGUCAAAAGGCUAGACAGAUUAGCGUUGGCCGACCGGGAAAGAGAAUUCCAGACUGAGACGAAAGUUAUUGGAAGAAUACAUCACAAAAAUCUUGUCCGUCUAUUGGGUUAUUGCCAUGAAGGACCGAAUAGGCUUUUGGUGUACGAGUAUAUGAGCAAUGGGUCACUUGCAGAUUUACUCUUUACUCCAAUAAAACCUUCUUGGGAUGAGAGAAUAGAAAUCGCUUGCUAUAUAGCGAGAGGACUAAUUUAUCUACAUGAAGAGUGUGAGCCACAAAUCAUUCAUUGUGACAUAAAACCCCAGAACAUACUCAUGGAUGAAAACAGAAUCCCAAAGAUAUCCGACUUCGGAUUGGCAAAAUUGUUGAUGGCUGAUCAAAGCAAAACCUUUACAGACCCUAGAGGGACAAAGGGAUAUGUUGCUCCAGAGUGGUAUCGGAAUUUGCCUGUGACAGUCAAAGUAGAUGUUUACAGCUUUGGAAUUGUGCUCUUGGAGAUUAUAUGCUGUCGAAAGAGUGUGGAUCUAAAUCUUCCGGAGGAAGAAGCUAUUCUUGAACAAUGGGCAUACCAAUGCUUCGAGGCUGGAGAGCUAGGUAAACUAGUAAAUGAUGAAGAGGUUGACAACACACAAUUGGAGAGAAUGGCUAAAGUUGGACUUUGGUGCAUUAUGAAUGAGCCCUCACGCCGCCCAUCAAUGAAAAAGGUUCUACUUAUGUUGGAAGGGACUGUUGACAUUCCAGUCCUUCCAAGCCCAACUUCUAGCUUUCUAAGUGCCAUGUAAGAUGGAUUUGAUAUUCCAAAUCCGACAUCCUUUCUUGGUGUCUUCGAUCUAAAAUGUGUUUGCACUUGUACCAAACUAAAAAAUUAGGUCUUGUCUAGACUCUAGUGGUGUCUUCUAAAAUGUGUUUGCAUGUCUUGGACGUUUUCUUUUGAGUGUUGUGUAUCUUGUAUCAAUGUUUUGGAGCAUAUGUAAGCAGCAUUGAGUUUUUA